CAUCGUCGAAACACCCUGAUACGCUGGCGAUCUCGAUCACAACUCACGCAUAUGUCAUAACCGCAAUUCUCACGCAUGAGGCAUAUAAGAACAGAUUCCCAACAGGAAGCUUCCGAAUAACAUACCCCGCACUCUCUCCUCCUGCCAUGAUGUUCAAGGCACUAUUCCUCGCACUUGCAGUGGCUCUUCCCGUCUGGUCUUGGGACGUGCUUGUCACAGAGGCAGUAGUCGUUCUGAGCGGACCAAGCACAGUAAACGGGACCGUCAUAUUUCAGCAAUCUAGCUCUGAUGGACCCGUUCAUGUAACGGGGCGCAUUCAAGGCCUUGAUCCCUCUGCACUACGAGGCUUCCAUGUCCACACUUCCGGCAACCUCACAAACGGCUGCACGUCUGCAGGAGCCCACUUCAACCCUUUGAACACCACACACGGUGCCCCCACCGAUCCCAUUAACGCGAGGCACGUAGGCGAUCUCGGAAAUAUCCAAUCUGACGCGAGCGGUGUUGCGAUUUUGGAUAUUACCGAUGAGAUUAUCUCGCUCAAUGGACCACUGAGCAUUGUCGGACGUUCCAUAGUCGUUCAUACCGGAACAGACGACCUAGGAAGGGGCGGUACGAAUCUGUCGUCUACGACUGGUAAUUCUGGAGAAAGAGCUGCUUGUGGAGUCAUUGGAUUGUCGUAGUUUCAACUUUCAAGCUUCGAAAUGGAUUUUUUUGCUGUAUUGAUAUCAUACUGUUUCCUUAUAUCUGCCAACAGUAUAAUAUAUCCCAACUAUGCAUGAAUGAUAUCAUUGUACGGACAUCGCUCGUUCUUUCCCUAAUUACAAACAACAACAA